AUGGAGGGGGAGAAAAUUCAACAGGCAAAAGAGUCCCUUCUUCUGCUGCUCAAGUCGUUGCCCACGGAUUGUCGUUUUCAGAUUAUUGGAUUCGGAAGCACCUUCUCCGCACUGUUUGAUGAACCAAGGGACUACACAGUGGAGUCUAUGCAAACGGCUCUGGAAUACCAAAAGAACCUGGACGCGGACAUGGGUGGCACAGAAGUUUUGGAAGCUCUGGAAAGCAUUUACGCAAAGGAGAUCACGGGCCGUGGAUGGUACAGGAAGAUCAUCUUGCUUACAGACGGCGCUGUAUCCAACGAAAAACAGGUAAUCCUGUCCUCCUUCCUCUAUUCUCAAAGCACAGUCUUCAUAGCAUAUCAUUUAUAA